GCGCUCCGGCCCCGCUCGCCCAGGCCCGUGGAUGGGGGUGUCCGGCUGAACCCGGGAUCCGCCUCCGUCCACCAGGACCCGCACAGGUGCAGUCGCCUCCGGGAAACAAAUCCUGAGAAUUGCUGUUGUAUCUCAGUGCCAGGAUGGAGGCCCCACUGGUGAGUCUGGACGAAGAGUUUGAGGACCUGAGGCCCUGCUGCUCCGAGGACCAGGAGGAGACACCCCGAGGUCUCUAUGGCACAUCUCCCCACCAUCUGGAGGACCCCUCCCUCUCUGAGCUUGAGAAUUUUUCUUCUGAAAUCAUCAGCUUUAAGUCCAUGGAGGACCUCGUGAAUGAAUUUGAUGAGAAGCUCAAUGUCUGCUUUCGGAACUACAACGCCAAGACCGAGAACCUGGCGCCUGUGAAGAACCAGUUACAGAUCCAAGAGGAAGAGGAGACCCUACAGGAUGAGGAGGUUUGGGAUGCUCUGACAGACAAUUACAUCCCUUCACUCUCAGAAGACUGGAGGGACCCAAACAUCGAGGCCCUGAAUGGCAACAGCUCUGACACUGAGAUCCACGAGAAAGAGGAGGAAGAGUUCAAUGAAAAGAGUGAAAAUGAUUCUGGCAUCAACGAAGAACCCCUGCUCACAGCAGAUCAGGUGAUUGAGGAGAUUGAGGAAAUGAUGCAGAAUUCCCCAGAUCCUGAGGAGGAAGAGGAAGUUCUGGAAGAGGAUGAUGGAGGAGAAACCUCAUCCCAGGCAGACUCGGUGCUGCUGCAGGAGAUGCAGGCCCUAACACAGACCUUCAACAACAACUGGUCCUACGAAGGGCUGAGGCACAUGUCUGGGUCUGAGCUGGCUGAGCUGCUGGACCAGGUGGAGGGCGCCAUCCGAGACUUCUCAGAGGAGCUGGUGCAGCAGCUAGCCCGCCGGGAUGAGCUGGAGUUUGAGAAGGAAGUGAAGAACUCCUUCAUCACGGUGCUCAUCGAGGUUCAGAACAAGCAGAAGGAGCAGCGUGAACUGAUGAAAAAGAGGCGGAAAGAGAAAGGGCUGAGCCUGCAGAGCGGCCGAAUAGAGAAGGGGAAUCAGAUGCCUCUCAAGCGCUUCAGCAUGGAGGGCAUCUCCAACAUCCUGCAAAGUGGCAUCCGCCAGACUUUUGGCUCCUCAGGAACCGACAAACAGUAUCUGAACACAGUCAUCCCUUAUGAGAAGAAAUCAUCUCCUCCCUCCGUGGAAGACCUGCAGAUGCUGACAAACAUUCUUUUCGCCAUGAAGGAGGAUAAUGAGAAGGUGCCUACUUUGCUAACGGACUACAUUUUAAAAGUGCUCUGUCCUACCUAACUUUGCCUUUGGAGCAGCCUGGCUGCAGGAGGUCACUGAGCAAGAGUCAUUCCAUCACAGGGACUGCAUGACAUCACGUAACCUCCGAUAUGUAUUUAAACAUGUAUAGCUUAACUUGGAUUAAACUCGAGCAAUCGCGGGCGGGGUCCUUUGCUGUCGGCUUCUAGUGCUAGUAAUCAUUGGAUGCAUGAUCAGGGCGCAGGGCCGGUGAUGCUCGCUGCCUCUUCUCCAGCUGUGUCCGGGAAGGCAGGUGUCCUCACCGCUCAUUCUGUAGUCUGGCUCCGGCCCUCAAAAACAAAAACAAAAACCAAAACAGCUUAUACUCUUAAGACUAAUUUUGAAAUAAACCUUCAUUUAAUUAA